GUGAUGUGAAUGAUAGUCACUGUACACAUGCCAAGCAUGCACAACGUGUAGCCUACGUACUGUACAUGUACAUGUAACUUUCGGUCAACAAUGGCGUGUAGUGCGAUAUUAACGUCGGCAUUUCCGUCAAUUGAUGGCGAGUUACUGACUUAUGUGACCGGUGUGUUGGAAGAUCCAGAGGAGUUUAACAGUGCCAGCGAUGUUUACGAGGCAGUGGGUGGAGUCUUGCAUGAAGUGGCACAGGACAAGGAGGAGGGGGAGAUUUUGUCGCUGUGUGAAAAGCUGCUGCAUGCUGUCAAAGUGAAUGACCAAGGUUCCAAUGCAUCCAACGCAUCAAGUAUGGUCCGUCUUGAUGCACCGGUCCAUAUUGGUGCAAAACUAGAGGAAGAGGCAAAGAUUGGGAACGAGGAGGUGUCAAUUUGGAUCGUAAAAAAGGGCAAUUCAAUGCUGGUUGAUAAGAAGAAGCUGGAGAAGGCAGAGGCAAAGAUCAAAGCCAAGCAAGAGAGGAGAGCCCUAAAAGACGACAGUACCAUCAAGCAGACUGGGUCAGCAAUUACUGCUUCUGCCAGCCAGGCUAUCAACAGGAAAGACCAGAAGAUGGAUGAGUCUGGGAACAGCCGGGCUAAGGACAUCAGAAUUGAGAACAUUGAUCUGGCAUUUGGUGACAAAGUCCUUUUAAAAGAAGCAGACUUGACAUUAACUUAUGGCAGGAGAUAUGGAUUUGUUGGAAGAAACGGUGCCGGGAAAAGUACUUUGCUAAAGAUGAUAUCAAGUGGUGAGCUGCGUAUUCCGUCCCACAUCAGCAUUCUCCAUGUGGAGCAAGAGGUCACAGGCGAUGACACGCUAGCCACAGACAGCGUGCUGCAGAGUGACGAGACGAGAGAACGAUUAGUGACAGAGGAGAGACAGCUGGUGGAGAGACUCAACGCCACAAGUCCUGGGGGAUCUGAUCCUGCCACCAGCAGUAGACUGGCAGAGGUGUAUGCUCAACUAGAAGAGAUUGAAGCAGACAAGGCACCUGCCAGGGCAGCCAUGAUCCUUGCCGGCUUGGGUUUCUCACCAGACAUGCAGAAAAUGAAGACAAGGGAGUUUUCUGGCGGGUGGCGAAUGCGUCUAGCCCUAGCGAGGGCGCUGUUCUCCAAGCCUGAUCUAUUGCUUCUUGAUGAGCCUACCAAUAUGCUGGACAUCAAAGCCGUUCUGUGGCUGGAGGGUUACCUACAGACCUGGCCUACAACUCUUCUCGUAGUCUCCCACGACAAGAACUUCCUGAAUGUGAUCUCUACCGACAUAUUGUACCUGCAUUCAAAGACUCUAGAUGCCUACCGCGGGGACUACGAAAUAUUCUUCAAGACGAAAACAGAAAGGCUGAGCAACCAACAAAAGGAAUACGAGGCACAACAGCAGCUACGAGCACAUGUACAAGUAUUUAUCGAUAGGUUCCGCUACAAUGCCAACAGAGCUGCCUUAGUUCAAAGCAAGAUCAAGUUUCUUGAAAAGCUCCCUGUCCUAAAGCCAGUGGAAAAAGAACCAGACGUCAUUCUAAGGUUUCCGGCAGAAUUUGAGAAGCUAUCCCCUCCUAUUCUACAGCUGGACGAGGUGCAGUUCUACUACUCCAAAGACAAGCCCAUAUUCAAGAGGACUGACAUCUCAGCAAACAUGGAAUCCAGAACCUGCAUAGUUGGAGAGAAUGGUUCCGGAAAAACAACGCUACUCAAGAUCCUGAUAGGGCAACUGGAGCCAGUCUCGGGGGUAGUGCACCGGCACAGAAAUCUACGAAUUGGCUACUUCAGCCAGCAUCACGUGGACCAACUCGAUAUGGAUCAGACAUCAGUGGAAGUCAUGGCUUCCCGUUUCCCUGGUCAUCCUGUAGAAAGGUACAGGCACCAGUUAGGCAGUUUUGGCAUCACAGGUGAACUUGCCAUGCGUGCUGUUUCUAGUCUGUCUGGAGGCCAGAAGAGCCGGGUGGCAUUUGCACUCAUGUGCAUGGGCAAUCCAAACUUCCUGAUUCUGGAUGAGCCUACCAACCACCUUGACAUCGAAACGGUGGAGGCAUUGGGCAAAGCGAUCAAUGAUUUCAAGGGAGGUGUCAUGCUCGUUUCUCACGACGAGAGCCUGAUCCGCUUGAUCUGCAAGGAAUUUUGGGUAUGCGCCGAGGGAGACGUGAAGUCCAUGGAGGGUGGACUGGACGAAUACAAGCGAAUCGUGGAGGCAGAAUUUGCCGCCCAGAAAUAAGCAGGGGCACAUCCAGCAGGCCGCAGACAAGUUGCCAAAGUUUUAUUAUUAUUAUUUUGGGGGGAAAGAAUGGAAAAGACUUUAGAAAUGGUACUAGAAACUGUCUUUGUUGGGGAUGAUGAAAAAAAAUGGACAAUCAUUUCAGAAAAAGAUCCCAGUUUUCCUCUCCCCCCAAUCAAAAGCUGUGUACGUAACUUGAAAUAAGGCCAAUGUCCCUCUGAAAUCCCCAUCUUAGGAAUGCCCCAAAGUAAUAUGGACUGUCUUGUAUUUUUCAGAGGGGUCAGGAUCAGGAUAAGACCUAUGCAGAUGUAUCACUGUGGACAGUUAGAAAUCAAAAGUAAAGAGAGCCUUUUUAACCUCAUCGUAACAUUAAAUGGAAAGCGGUUUACAUUUCCGACUCCAAGGGUCUGAAAAAGUCCAGUCUGCGGGAUUAAAUAAUACUGGACUGGAAAGGAAAUCAAAUCCAAGAUUAUUUUCUGUAUCACUUUCCCGUAAAGUUUGCCAUUAAAGAGCUUAAGGCCGCAUCCUGAGUAUGUGGUUACAGUCAGCAGGAACACACACUCCUGUGGCAAGUGAAUUGGGCUGACUUGUCUGUCCAUGGGCUCUGAAAGUAAUUUGAAUUGCUAAUCAGAGACGGAAGUUUUCACUUGACCCUAAAAGAGCCAGGAGAUGGAAUCUGCCCCCCCCAAACAUUUUCUACAAUACUAUUUGCAGUGCACUUUUUUUCGUGCCGAGCCAAUAGGAGUUAUGCUGUAAAGUCUCACAGUCAUUAUGAGUGGGAAUUCUGUUCUCGCAAAACAGGCAAUUUCUGAAACAGUUCAGCCCCAAAUGUCAUCUUUUUCCAUAGAUGUGCUCAGUGCACGCUGUCAGAGACGUACUAGGCCAUUAACUACAAAUGACCAUAACUGCAAAACCUAUGUCAGAUAAAUAGAAACUCACUCAUAAUUAAUGUAUCUUCAUGCAUAGCAAGCUUUAAAUUGUUGCUGGUGGGCAGAAUACAACCCCCCCCCCUUGCAAGAUUGUCCAAAAAAGCCCGGCUGUCAAUCAAUAAACUAUUUUUAUACCUGGGAUAGAAAGUUUUCUUUUUCUGAGGCCCCCUAAACUAUGGCCGUCCCAGGGCCCAUGGUAAGCCUGUGCAUAAACCCACUACUGUGCACAGGUAUGGAUGUCUUAAUAUGCCUGCUUGUGUGUCCAUUUCUGGCAGUUUGCACCACUAAUUUAACAUUUCAGUUUCAGAGACUGUUGGUGCCCUUCUGGAAAUUAAAUACCUGCUUCUUUGUGCUGAAAGUUUGAUGAUGUCACGCUAAGCAUGUCUUGGGGGGUCUCACUGUAACUCUGGAGGACAGGGAAGAUGCUACCACCCCCCCCCCUUCCCCAUUAAGAGGAUGUUGUCUUGUCCCCCAUCCCUACCAUUAAGCCGAAUCAAGGCCUAUUCCGUCUGCUCGAUAGUUUCAUUACAAAAACCUCUGCCCAACACUGAUUCAGCCAGCAGCCAUUUGGCCUCGGUCCAGGAUCCUUGUUUCCAGUUACAUUACUCAACAGUUAUGAGAAAAUCCACAGACUCCAACGGGGGCAUUAAAACACUGAGUCAACCGAGUUGUAUAUUUUUACAAAAAAAUGACAGUCAGAAUAAACGACCCGAUGAGUAAUCAAUCACAAAUUCGUCACCCGAUAGCAGGCUUUUUCCCGAAGGCUGCCGACUGUUAUCUUUAUAGAAGAAUGGUCCAAGUUGCGAAAAGAUUGAAUUGAAGAGCAGGCAUAUGGUAUUUAUUAACUUGACAAAUUGAAGUAAUAAACGUUUACUCUAUUAUUUCAAA